ACCAAAGCUCCAUCCAGCAAGCUGGAGAAAGGCUUUAAAUUAUACGCAGCCUCGUAUAUACACGGUUACGAAGGGCGUGAAACCAGGCCCCAUCAAUGCCAUGGUCAUCACAAAACCUGUAGCAAAUCGUUCUGCACAAGGUGGAGUGAGAAGUGGACUCUACAGAGGGAUGGUGGGCCCUUUACCAGAUUCAUGCAUGUUUAGAGUUGAGGAGGCAUACGCAGAAUUCAGCCCUGAGGACAAGCCACUUGUUACCACCAUGAACAUGUCACCUGACAAGCCACUUGUUGAAAGUGCAUUCGGGUUGGUCCAGGAAGGAAGCGCAUUGUCUUACCAGCAGCCUGUCUUAACAUCACGGUACAUCACACUACACGAUGCCCCAUCAACUCCACCUUUGCCUCUUGAAGGAUAUUAUCUUGCUCCAUCUAAAUGCAUGUUUGUUUGCACUGAGGAGGAGCUCUUACACCUUCAAAGUCUAAACACACCAUUAGAUACGGCUCAGAAAAUUGAAGAGGCAACACGCGAGCAAAGCUCUUGUCCUGACUGGCAUCAGCUUCGCAGAUCAAGAGUAACCGCUUCCAGGUUUCGGGAGAUAUGCCAUGUCAGAGGCCUAAGCUCUGCAGAGUCCCUUGCAGAGCGAAUCAUCAGAGGAACCCGACAGACAGCAGAGAUGAGAAGAGGUGCUGAAAUGGAGUCAGAGGUAACAGUGGAAUACAGCAAGUUGAAAAAUGUGAACUACUCACCCUGUGGUUUAAUCAUCCAUCCUAAUGCUCCCUGGCUUGGUGCAUCCCCUGAUGGCGUAGUUUUCGAUCCCACUGACAAUCCUCAGUUUGGACUUGUUGAAAUUAAAUGUCCUAAUGUCGAAAACAUUGUUGACUGCAAAUAUUUGCAAAUGGACCAUGGAUUUCUCACCCUGAAAAAGAGCCAUGCCUACUAUUACCAAGUGCAGGGACAACUACUGGUCUCAGGAAUGCAGUGGUGUGAUUUCAUGGUGUGGGCCCAGGAGGAUUAUUUUAUCCAGCGUAUCUACAGUGACACUUCAGUGCACAGAGUUAUCAGAGAGAAGGUGGAUUAUUUUUACUUUUACACAUACAUGCCAAAAUACUUGUCAAUGAAAUAA